GAAAAACACCCCAACUCACCAAUGACAGCAAAGCAGAUAUUGGAAGUGAUUCAGAAAGAAGGAUUAAAGGAAACAAGUGGAACCUCUCCAUUAGCCUGCCUGAAUGCAAUGCUUCACACUAACACUCGAAUAGGGGAUGGAACCUUCUUCAAAAUCCCUGGAAAGUCAGGCCUCUAUGCGCUCAAAAAAGAAGAGUCAUCAUGCCCAGCUGAUGGAACGUUGGAUUUAGGCUGUGAGUCUGAAUUAGAUGGCACAGAAAUGGCUGAGGCAAAUGCUAAUGGAGAGGAAAAUGGAGUUUGUGCAAAGCAGGUAACUGACGAAGCGUCUUCCACUCGAGAUUCAAGCCUUACUAACACAGCAGUGCAAAGCAAGUUAGUGUCUUCCUUUCAGCAACACACCAAAAAGGCUCUUAAACAGGCUUUGAGACAACAGCAGAAAAGAAGAAAUGGAGUCUCAAUGAUGGUAAACAAGACUGUUCCCCGUGUGGUUUUGACACCAUUAAAAGUGUCUGACGAACAGUCGGAUUCGCCUUCAGGAUCUGAAUCUAAAAAUGGUGAACCAGACAGUUCAGAUAAAGAAAUGAAACAUGGGCAAAAAUCUCCCACAGGAAAACAAACAAGUCAGCACUUAAAACGAUUAAAAAAGUCUGGUUUAGGACACUUGAAAUGGACCAAAGCUGAGGACAUUGACAUAGAAACUCCUGGAUCUAUUCUUGUCAACACUAACUUGAGAGCAUUAAUAAAUAAACAUACAUUUGCUUCCUUACCUCAGCAUUUCCAACAAUACCUCCUGCUUUUGCUCCCAGAAGUGGAUCGGCAGAUGGGAAGUGAUGGGAUUUUACGCCUCAGUACUUCAGCUCUAAAUAAUGAAUUCUUUGCGUAUGCAGCACAGGGGUGGAAACAGCGGCUGGCAGAAGGAGAGUUUACCCCCGAAAUGCAAUUGAGAAUAAGGCAAGAAAUUGAGAAGGAAAAGAAAACAGAGCCUUGGAAAGAAAAAUUCUUUGAAAGGUUUUAUGGAGAAAAGUUGGGUAUAUCAAGAGAAGAAUCAAUGAAGCUCACUUCUGGACCUAAUAACGACGGUGCUGAAAGCAGUUCCUCGUGUGGGACUUCUAGUCUUCCAAGUUCUUCUGCACAGACACCCCUCGAAGAACAACAGCCAAAAAGCAUGAAAAGCCCAGCCUCCUCGGAGCCAGAUUUCUGUGCCACACUCUGCCCAAUGGUGGAGAUUCCAUCUAAAGACGUAAUGGCAGAAUCCGAAUCAGAGGAUGUCUUGAUCCCCGAAGAGUCUGUAAUUCAGGAGGAGAUCACCGAAGAGGUAGAGACUAGUAUCUGUGAAUGUCCGGAUGAAAAUCAUAAGACAAUUCCUGAAUUUUCUGACGAGUCUGAAGGUACAAACAACUCACAGGAAGAACCCCAAAUCUCAACUCCUGAAGAGAAUUUGGAGUCCUGUGUGAUGAUGAAUGACGUUUUAGAAACAUUGCCACCUCUCGAAAUCAAGGUGGACGAGAAAUCAGAGUCUUCCCAAGAAGAAAUGUCAGUUGUUAUUGAUCAGAUCGAGGUCUGUGACUCUCUGGUAUCUUCCACUCCAUCUGUGACUCACACUAUCAGGGACACAGAGCCUAAAGAGCCAGAAACCCCAGUAGAGACCUCUACUCCAAAAAUCCAAGCAGGGUCACCCUCUUUAGAGGGUCAGUUUCCAAAUGAAGGGAUCGCUGUGGAUAUGGAACUGCAGAGUGAUCCUGAUGAACAGCUUUCUGAAAACGCUUGCAUAUCUGAAACGUCCUUCUCUUCUGAGAGCCCAGAAGGCGCCUGCCCCAGCCUAACGUCCCCAGGUGGAGAAACCCAGUGCACCUCCGAAGAAUCCUGUACUCCUGCCUCCCUUGAGACAGCGUUUUGUUCUGAGGUGUCCAGCACUGAAAACACAGAUGCAUAUAAUCAGAGAAAGCCCACUGAUGAAACCCUCCAUGCGUCUUUGAUGUCAGAAAUAUCUCCAGUAUCCACCUCACCGGAAAUAUCAGAGGCAUCUCUCAUGUCCAACUUGCCUUUAACAUCAGAAGCAUCCCCGGUCUCAAACUUCCCUUUACCAUCAGAGGCCUCACCACUAUCUGAUUUGCCACUGACAUCAGAAACUUCUUCAGUGUCUUCCAUGCAUCUCACAUCAGAGACCACAUUUGUAUCCAGUUUGCCACUUCCUUCAGAAACUUCUCCAAUUUCAAAUUCUUCCUUGAGUGACAGAAUGGUGCAUCAGCAGAGAAAGUCACCUUCCAUUUCUGAAGAGCCACUCGCCUCCCAGAAGGAGGAACCUUCCGUCCCAGCCUCGCCGCUGGGAGAGAGCCUCCUCUCUCAGCAGAAGGCUCUGUUGACUGCUCCCGAACCUGUCAAAAUAGGUUCUUCUUCCAUGGCCUCCGAAGCAUUUCCACUUGAAGAUUUGCACAGUAAGACCCUGAGCCAGCAACCUUGCAAAUCUCAUGCUGAAAGUGAGAAACCCUUCCCUCCUAUUCCAGAACUUCCUUCUCCAGAAAUUUUAAAGGCGAAAAGUCAUAGUGUCCUGCAGAAAACAGAAAAGAAAGGUGUGUCUUCACCAUUGGAAUUACCCGCCUUUUCUGAAGAGUCCGAGAGUCAAGGAACUGAGCUGCCAUUGGCUAAACUGCAGGACAAGCAAUAUCCUUCACCAGUAGAAAAGACUUCCUUUUCAGAAGGCCCUAGAAAUAGAACGCAUAAACAGGGAAGCACACAGAGUCGAUUGGAGACCUCACAUAGCUCCAAGUCAUCAGAACCCUCAGUAUCACCAGACGGGAUAAGAAAUGAAAGAGAAUCUGAAAUAUCCAAGAGGAAAACGGCAGAGCAGCAUAGCUUUGGCAUCUGUAAGGAAAAAAGGGCCAGGAUAGAAGAUGAUCAGUCCACCCGUAGCCUGCCUGCCAGCAGCCCACCUGAGAAGGAACUGCCUCCAAGGGAGGAGCCCAGGGUUCCACCUCUCAAGAUCCAGCUUUCCAAAAUCGGACCACCUUUCAUCAUCAAGAGCCAGCCCAUCUCGAAAGCGGAGUCGCGGGCAUCCACCAGCACAUCGGUGAGCGGCGGGAGGAACACCGGAGCCAGGACCCUCGCGGACAUCAAGGCCCGAGCCCAGCAAGCCAGGGCUCAGCGAGAGGCGGCCGCUGCUGCGGCUGUAGCUGCAGCAGCCAGCAUUGUCUCUGGAGCCAUGGGGAGCCCAGGUGAAGGUGGAAAGGCCAGAACCCUGGCCCACAUCAAGGAGCAGACAAAGGCUAAGCUCUUCCCCAAGCAUCCAGCCCGAGCCCACCUUUUCCAGACCCCUAAAGAGGCCUGGUUGCCCCAGGUCAGCUCCAAAGAAGGGCCUCCCAACUUAGAUGUCUCUUCCACACCAGAAACAAAAAUUGAAGGCUCCACUGGUGUCAUCAUUGUUAAUCCAAACUGCAGGUCUCCUAGCAACAAACCAGCACCCCUCCGGGAGUCCACCACUGUAUUACAGCAGCCUCUCAACCCGCCGAAAGUUCCAGAAGCCACUGACUUACCUGUGCAUAGCUCUGAGGACAGUAUACCUGUGUCGCAUUUGUCUGAGAAAAUUGUCUCAUCUACCUCUUCUGAAAACAGCAGCGUGCCGCUGCUUUUUAAUAAAAAUCCCGCCCCUGUGUCUGUGUGCAGCACUCCUGUGUCGGGAGCAAUUAAAGAACACCCCUUUGCAGGCUCUGUUGAUAAAGCCUCCGUUCUCAUGUCUGUGGACAGUGCAAGUACCACCAUUUCUGCCUGUAGCCUCAGCAUGCUCAACACCAUCCAGGCCGCUGACACUCCGUGCAUAGCCAUUCUUCCAAAAUGCAUUGAGAACACCCCAGGCCCAGCCACUACAGAGAGCCCAAGCAUAUCAGACUCCAUGGAGGAGAAGCAGUUGCUGAUCUCAAGCACCAAUGCCAGUACCUUAGUCUCCAGCCCAUACACCUCUGUGCCAACCUCCUCCAUUGGAAAUAAUUUGCCAAACCAUCUCUCUGCCAGCUCGGUCUUGAUUCCUCCAACAGGAAUGAACAGCCGAUUUCCUACUGAGAAGUUAGCCAUGCCUGGGAGUGAAGAGCAGGCCCCCGUCUCCAUGGGUACCACUGUGAGACCCCCCCUCAGCUGCAGCGAGCCGGUGGCAGCCCCGGACUCUCUGGUCACACGCCCACCCAUUGCCAUGUUUACUGGAAAUAUGUUCACCAUCAACUCUUACGACAACCCGCCCAAGUUGAGUGCUGAAAGUUUGGACAAAAACGCAGGGCCUCGUAGCAGAGCAGAUAAUUCUGGAAAAGUUCUGCAGCCACCCGGGGGCUUCACCCCAGCAGCCAUCAACAGAUCGAUCCCCUGCAAGGUCAUCGUGGACCACAGCACCACGCUGACCUCCAGCUUGUCGCUGACUGUCGCCAUUGAAAGCACAGAAACCAGUGUGGACCUGCAGAGCCGGUCAGUGAGGACAGAGCCUCCCGUCCAACCCAUGGCGUGUCCCCAGGUGUCAGUCAUCAGCAGGCCGGAGCCAGUUACAAGUGACAGCCUCGACCAUGGGCCUAGCUUUCUUGCUACACCUGCAGCGAAACAAGACUGUAAAACCUUGCAGGGCACCUGUACAAACCUCCAGGAAUUACCCCUCAUGGUCCCCGAUAAGUUGAACGAGGUGCCGGCGCCCAGUCACAGCUUUACUGAGCGAGCACAUGGCCCGACUGCCUUCAAAAGUGAAGCCGACACGACCUGUAGUAAUAAUCCGUAUAACCCAGGGAACCGGAUCUGCUGGACUGAGGAUGCCGUGCGGAGCACAGGCCAGCCGCUGGUGAGCCACUCUGGGAAACAGAAGGACUAUCUAGAACAAAGCUGCCCAAAACCCAUCAAAACUGAACAUGCCAGCUACCCCCACGUGUCAGAACUGCACCCCAGGAAUCUUCUAGCAAACGUCACCCUCCCUGUGAAAGCUGAACCUCACGAGGCGGACAAGGGCUUUAGAAUGGACACUGAAGACUUCCCUGGGCCCGAGUUGCCCCCUCCCGUGCCAGAAGUCACCUCCAGUGUGCCACCAGCCCAGAACACCAAGGUGGCCACCUCCAGUCCUAUGGAAGAGCCCAUUUCCUUGGCUCCAGACCCCCUCAAAAGGGUGCCCAGUGCCGGGAGUUCAAGCUGCCGCCUGUCAUCGGUGGAGGCGAACAAUCCGCUGGUGACACAACUCCUGCAAGGCAACCUGCCUCUGGAGAAAGUGCUGCCGCAGCCCCGACUGGGCGCCAAGCUAGAAAUCAACAGGCUUCCUCUGCCUGUUCAAACUACCUCAGUGGGCAAAACCGCGCCAGAGAGGAGCCUGGUGGAAAUGCCGUCCAGCUCCCCAAAUCCAGACGGGAAGGGCUAUUUGGCAGGAACCCUGGCCCCACUCCAGAUGAGGAAGCGGGAGAACCACCCAAAAAAGAGAGUGGCCAGGACUGUCGGGGAGCACAGCCAAGUGAAAUGCGAGCCGGGGAAACUGCUGGGGGACCCGGAGGUCAAAGGGGUGCCUUGUGUCAUCAGCUCGGCCAUGAACCAGCUCGGCCACGGGCAGCCGUACAAGCAGGAGUGGCUGGGCAAGCACGCCGUGCAGACCCGGGUGGCCCACAGCCCGGAGGUGAAGCCGCAGAAGCGCCUGCUGCCCUCGUGCAGCUUCCAGCAGAACCUGUUCCACGUGGACAAGAACGGCAGCUUCCACCCCGAAGCUGCCCCCUCACACAGACAGCAGUUUUACCAAAUGCCCAUGGCCGCCCGGGGCCCCAUGCCCACCGCCGCCCUGCUGCAGGCCUCCGCCAAGGGCCCUGCAGGCUGCAACGCGUUUGCAUUCAACAGGCACCUUGAACAGAAGGGCCUGGGCGAGGUCGGGGUUCCCCCUGCACCUCACCAGCUAAGGUUAGCCAACAUGCUGUCCCCCAGUGUCCCGGGCAAAGAAGGUGAGGACGUGGGGGGCGCUGCCCAUGCAAUGCCAAACAAAGCACUCGUGCACCCUGCACCCCCACCCCCACCUCUACCUCCACCUCUUCCCAAUGCAGAAGUCCUGUCCGACCAGAAGCAGGCCCCCGUUACCAUGGAAACCACGAAAAGACUCAGUUGGCCCCAGUCCGCGGGCAUGUGUAGUAGCAAUAUCAAAUCGGAACCGCUUUCUUUUGAGGACGGCUUAAGCAGCAGCUGUGAACUGGGCAUGAAACAAGUCUCCUACGACCAGAGUGAAAUGAAAGAGCAGUUGAAAGCCUUCGCGCUGAAAAAUGCAGAUUUCUCUUCUUAUUUGCUUUCUGAGCCGCAAAAGCCUUUCGCCCAAUUAGCUGCUGCUCAGAAGAUGCAGGUGCAGCCGCAGCCGCCGCUCUGCGGAAAUUACCCCACAAUACACUUUGGGAGCUCGAGCUUCAAAAGGGCGGCCUCGGCCAUUGAGAAGUCCAUCGGGAUGUUGGGGAGCAGUUCCAACCCCGCCGCGGGCCUGCCGGGCCAGAACGCCCCGAUGCCCGUGCAGAACUUCGCCGACAGCAGCAACGCGGACGAGCUGGAACUGAAGUGCUCCUGCCGGCUGAAAGCCAUGAUUGUGUGCAAAGGCUGUGGGGCCUUCUGCCACGACGACUGCAUUGGGCCUUCGAAACUCUGUGUCGCCUGCCUGGUGGUGCGAUAG